AUGGCUCUUGCUCUACGAUCUUUGUCGCGUCUGACUCUGAUCAAAGAAAUGGCCAGCCAAGCCUCUUCUGCUUCCGCUUUCGUUGAUGAUAUUGAACGGGAGGUAACUCCCAGAGACCUAGAUGCAUAUAUUGAUGCACUGCGUCGGAGAGUCUCGGAGUCCGAAGGAUUUGCUCAGCAAUAUUGGCAACUUGUCCUGGAUCAUUACCUUGCUGUCCAGGCUUCCAUGCCACGGAUCGAUGAAGGAGAGCCCAAGGGUCUGGACAAACAAGUAUAUCAGCGAAUCAAAACAUUGAAAGACAUUCGCGAACAAUUGUCAGCGGAUGAUCCCCAAAUCGCAAACGUCAUAGCUAUCCUCGAGGCUUACAGAACAAAGAAGCUUCACAUUGAAAAUGGAAAGGUCUCCUGUUGGUCUGGGGGAAAGCAAGUUACUGAAUUGGAGGACCUCAAUUGGGACACUAUUGCGAGUGUUGCAUCAGAGCACUCUGCUGCUACACAAGGCGACUUUUGGGUUGAGGAUUUAGCCACGACACCAAAUUUUCUGUUCUGGGGGAAGGAUUUCUUUCUCCUUUGUCUUUUUCCUGUUGACGUUUUUGGUGAGUCUUCGACUUUGAAGAUCCAGUGGAAAACCUAUCUAUCUCAAUCUCCCUCUCUAACCGAGGCAAGGACAGGGUCGGCAAUUCCCAGGCAAGGGUCUUCUCAGACAGGACAAAACCCACAUCAGGAUUCAGGGCGGAGCUGUGACAUCACUAGCAUCGCUUGUGUUUAA